AUGAAGAUAGAGGACCAUGAUGCUCACAUAGGACCUUAUCCAGUUGCUCUUCUGGACUGUGCGCAGAAUUCAACAAAACCUGCUCAGUCGAGUCUGUAUGAGACCAGAGAUGUGGAGGUGGCUCGCUGUGGGGCACUGGCCCUCUGGAGCUGCAGCAAGAGUAACACCAAUAAAGAAGCCAUUCGGAAAGCUGGGGGCAUUCCUCUGUUGGCUCGGUUACUGAAGACUUCUCAUGAAAACAUGCUAAUUCCGGUGGUGGGGACGUUGCAGGAAUGUGCAUCAGAGGAAAACUACCGAGCUGCAAUCAAAGCAGAAAGGAUAAUUGAAAAUCUGGUGAAGAACCUAAACAGUGAGAAUGAGCAACUCCAGCAGCACUGCGCCAUGGCCAUUUAUCAGUGUGCUGAAGAUGAGGAAACCCGGGACCUGGUUAGGCUACACGGAGGACUUAAGCCCCUGGCCAAUCUGCUCAAUAACACUGACAAUAAAGAACGGUUAGCUGCUGUCACAGGGGCCAUAUGGAAAUGUUCCAUCAGCAAAGAAAAUGUGACCAA